GGUAGGACGAAUGGAAUAAGCCGAUCAAGGUAUAAUGUUGAAUAAGGGGAUGUACUUGUUUUCUUUUGCCAGGGAACUUAAAAAGAAAAGGCUGUCAAGAUGCCUGAGACUGGCGGCGCAUCAGUUGUUCCCAAGAAGGGUCUGACACUCGAUGACCUCAUCGCGGCCAUCGACCGACAUGAAAGGAACCCGAGCAACAUCCCAAAGGUCGAUACUUUCCAUUUCUGUGGAGAGAGAGUCUCAGAAUGGCUAGAGCGGGUGGAACCAGCUUUGGUCGGGUGGCCGGAUGUUGUAAAGUUUCAACGCAUCAUUCAGUAUGUCCUCCACAACUACCAUCAGGAGGUGAAGAAAGUCAUAGAUGCGGCUCAAGGUAGCUGGGAGAGGUUCAAGGAGAGGAUGCAGAGGAAGUACCGCCUGGGAGACGGGUUGUUGACUACCACGGACCUUGAAGCCAUGAACAAAGAGGAUUUUACGACUAUAGGGGCCUUUGUUCAAGAAUUUAAGAAGAGGGCGCGGAAGGUCCAUGGGAUUUCGGAGGAAGCGCAGUGCGCCAUCUUCCUGGGGCUACUCACAGCAUCGGAGGCCGUGGAACAACGUCAGGUACGCCUGCAAAGACAUAAGAGAAAGGAAAGAGAUGCGGCCGCUUCUGGGACCCCGGGAGUAACAAGGAUUGUAACAGACGUAUUGGCACAGCUAGGGUAUGCGACAGAGCCAGUGGUGCAAAGAAGGGUGGUGACGGCUGUCAAAGUAAAAGGAAAAGAGUCAGUGAUAGAGGAGGCUGGCCAGGAGGAGCUCUGGGAAGAAGAAGAGCCAGUGCCGCAACACCUGACGAAGGCGGUGGGAACCAGGGGUAGGGCAAUCAAGGCAAUGGAGGGAGGGGUGGAGGAAAGGGGCGAGGCAGGAAUGGCGGCAGAAGAGGAAGGCAAUGGAAUGGCCAGGGCCAGGGGUACCAAGGCCAAAGGGGCCAGGGCCAGGGGUACCAAGGCCAAGGGAGUCAAGGCCAGGGGUACCAAGGCCAAGGGAGUCAGGGCCAGGGGUACCAAGGCCAGAGUUAUCAAGGCAAGGGGUAUCAAGGCCAGGGGGAUCAGGGAAGUCAGAGCGCCUGGGCGACCCGGAGUAAAUAUGGUGGGGUCGUGCCCUCAACCAGGAAUAAGGGGGAGACCCCUCACUCCGCAAGCCCGGCUGGCACAGGCAGCGCGAACGAGGAAUCAAGCCAAGGCCAGUACCAGCCAAGAGCCUCUAAGGGGGGAACACGAACCAGGGAGAAGGAAGGAGGCUGUGGAAGUAGAGGACGACGAUGAUGAAGAGGAAGAGGACGAGAGGCUGCGCAGAGAAGAGGAUCAGAGAGCGGAGCAGCGGGCAAGGAAAAAUGGAGCCAGGGGAGAGGCCGAACCAAUCAUACAUGAUGGACCGCCCAAAAAGAAGAAAUACGCGGUCCGGUUGGUAGAAGGAUUUGACGUAGAGAAGGUGAUUGACCGGUUGCUGGAAGGGCAUAAUGACCUCAUGACCCUGAAGGAAAUCCUAGCGUCAGCCCCGCGACUCCGCGAUGAACUGAAGGGGAGGUUAUCACAGCGCCUGGUGCCCAAUGUCCAUCUGGGUACGAUCCUGCCCAAGGAGCCAGAGUGGGCAGAGUCAGGUACGAAGAUGGACUGGAAGUGCGUAGCCUGCGGUGCGGUGGAUUUGAUGGUGAAGGGUUCCAACUGCGCAGCAAUGGUGGACACCGGGGCAGAGAUGAACAUUAUUCGGGAGGCGGACGCGAUCAGAUUCGGGCUGGAUAUAGACCGUUCUGACUGCGGUAUUCUGCAUGGAGCCAGCUGUAAGGCCGUGUUUUGUGGGACAGCCUCGAAUGUGCUCGUCGAGGUUGGAAAGGUGAAGGCCAGGGCAUGCUUCUUCAUUAUGCCAGACGUGGACCAUGGAAUCUUCCUAGGGAGGUCAUUCCUAAGCAGGACAGAGACCGUGAUGUUCAACAAACAUGACGGGACGUUGAUCCUCCUCUUAUGCGAUCCUGCCUGCGGGAAUUAUGAAAUAAUUACUUGCAGGAACACCGGGCCAAGAAGUAUAAGGAACCGGCCUAAUCCAGGAUCAUUCACAAUCGAGGAGUCGGAAGGGGAGCGCAGGAGGCUCUGGGCAGAGCCCGAAGCAGGAGAGGGGGUGGAAGCAUUUUCCCUCAGCCUGUUAGAUGUUGGGAAGGCCAUGGACCUGGUGGCCGCGCAUGAGAUGGCAGAUCCGGAUGCCAUCCAUGCCUUGAGGGAACAAGUUCUGGAAUGCCCUGAGGCAGGAAGGUUGGAACUGGUAUAUCGGCUCCCAGGCAGUGGAAGGAACCCCGCAUCAGCGCAAACACAAUCUGAAGGGGAGGCGGUGGAGAAUACGCCCCCAGUUGAUGGAUUUCUGGAUCAGGAAGAAGAUGUUCGUCUUCAUAUCAACAAAUGGUCGCCGCGAGUGCCUAGCUGUGUAGGCUAUCCUAUCUGGCAAGCCCCGAAGGGGUAUGAAAGGAGGAAUGAGUUAGUCUUUAAGCCCUUUGAAGAAGAGGAUCCCUGGGGCGGUAAGGAUGUUCAGUGGAUGAUGGAAUUAGCGCUGGCCAGCUCGCAUAGCCUGGUGGAGGAUAUGAGGACGAUUGAGGAAGGACCUGGCCAGGUAGAACGACAUGAGGACCUGAUGGGAGGAAUGUAUCUCCUCGUCAAUACGUUAUUGCAGGAAAGCUUAGACCAGUCAGGCUCGUUGAACCCGGCAGGGAAUGUGAACGAAAUACCCGAGAGCCAGGACGACGAGUUCGAAGAAGGGGAAAUUAAGGAGGCUUUUCGUGCAGAGGAGUACGACGGGAUCUACCUAGAGCUGGGGCUUCUUCUGUCAUGUGAAAUGCGGCUAAGAGAUGCGAGCGAUAGGGCUCAAAGGAUGCUGCAACGCUACUUAGUGCGAGACGGUCACCUUUUCGUGAGAAGGGAAGUGGGGAAUCCCAAGAGGGUCGUCUGCGGUAAGAAUCGUCAGAUCGACGUCGUAGCAUCACUACACGAUGACAUUGCAGGAGGGCAUCGGGGUGUACAAGCCACGUCUGACUUUACGAAGACAGCCAUGCCAAGAGGAGGGAAGGGGACACGGCCGCCUCAGAGGCCGUUGGGCGCAUCAGGAGGAUAUGAGCGGCAUGGGCCUCGCCAACGAGAGAGUACUCCAGUCUACAAUGAAGGGGACAUCGAGCUAUUCCUGGACAGUUUCUGGGAGCAUGCGAGGCAUAUGGGCUGGACCGUCACUCAGGCGAUUGAGAGAUUAAGGGGAGCAGGUAGGUUCGAAGAGCCCAUUGCCAGGAUUCGUAGGGAGGCGACGACGAGGCAGGAGGUGGAGAUAAGGAUGGAGGAGUUGCGACCCUCGCCUGUGGGACCUGAUGGCAGGCCGAUCCGCCUGGAGAUUGGAAAUGCGUCGGACUUCAUCCCCGCGAGAGGCAGAGGUUGGAGGCAGCAGGGGAGCUCCCGGAGCAGCAGCAGGAGAGGCAGAGAUCGGAGGCAGCAGGCACUCCCGGGUCAGCCGCCCAGCGCGCCAGCCAAGGCCCCGAAAAUUCCUGAAAUGUGGAGACACUUCUGGAAGCAGAGAGGAGAGGAGCUUCCAUCGCCAGUCAGAGCCGGGUUUGCGAUGGCCAGGAACGCGGAAGAAAGGUUAGAUCGUAAAAUCAAGUUCMUGGCCAAGACCACUUUUGACCGACAUUUGUUAGUGGAGGGCGAUCUGGCGGGGAAGAAAAUGAAGGAAGUCAGCCAUGGAGUACGUCUGGAGGCUAUGGAGGUGGAAAUUCAGGAACUUAGGGCUUUGGUGGCCAGCCAGGCAGCUAUCAUUGAGAGCCUGAGGCAGCAAACCCAGGGAAAGGUGGACAGACCAGAGAGCAGCCGACAGGGAGAGCAGAGGCAGCCAGGACAGGGAUUGCCAGGACAGCCAUCUGCGACAGAGCCUCGCCAGGAGCCGCCUAUGGGGAGAGUUAUCCUGGAGCCAGAGGAGGCGAGAGCCCAGAGACAGGCAGAGAGAGAGGCGUUCGAGUUUAGAGCCCGUACUGAGCUCGCGAUGCUGCCGAUGGCGGCGGCAGGCCCAGUCGUACCUUUGGCAGUAGAGGAGGGGCUGCCACCAUCUAGCAGUGAGCCGGCUCAGGGCUCGGCAGAGAGAUCCAUGAGCGUGCUCCUUGAGGCGGUGCAUACUAUGCAGGAGGGGGUGAGUUUGUUUUCACCUGAGCAGAGGAUAGAGGAGUCUCUUGAGAGAGAGAUGGGGAUUGAGGAGGAGGGUGCCAUCGAGGGCAGACUCCAGAGGAUAGGCACACCUGAGUAUGGAACAGAGGAGAUUGAGGAGCAGCCCACGGCAGUGCCAGGGGCGACACUCGAGAGGAGGCCUCAGAGGUUGGACACGCCCGAGUACGUUCCAGCGACAGAGGAUUUGAGAGACAGACUAGGAUUUUGGGCUACUGGAUCUGGGUCGGGUGGACCAGUUCCGGGGACAGAGCAGCAGAAAGUUGUUGGUACUGCAGCUCCUCAAACAGAGCAGCAGGGGGUUAUCAGUACCUUGGCAGGAUCUCCUUCAUCACCACCUCCUCAGCCCAGGAAGAAGAAGGUCAAGAGAAAGGUAGAUCAGCUAUGUUUUUUCUGCAAAAGGGACGUGCAUCUGGCUUUGGACUGUCUCGAGUUUCUUGAGGAUAAGGCAGCAGGGAAGAUCUCAGAGGUAGAACGAGAGGUUAGCGGAACAAGAGCUGCGUCGGAGUUAUGGCAAUGGCGGAGRUGGAGGGAGUAAAAAUUGAGAGUUCGCUCGAUUCCUAAUGAAAUCGACCGAACUAG